AUGCAGAGGUUUGAGGCUAAUGGUACAGUGAUUACUUGGGUUGUUUUCAAGGGAGCAUUCUUGGAAAAAUAUUUCACGGCUGAUGUGCGUGGCAGAAAAGAGGUGGAAUUCCUUGAGCUUAAGCAAGGAAAUAUGAUUGUUGCAGAUUAUGCCGCCAAAUUUGAAGAACUGUCUAGGUUUUGUCCUUACUAUAAUGGAGCAGAGGCUGAGAUGUCUAAGUGUAUAAAGUUUGAGAGUGGACUGCGCCCAGAGAUUAAGCAAUUCAUUAGGUAUCAGGAAAUUCAUCAGUUCUCCGUGUUGAGUGUCAGUGACAAGAGAAAUGGUAACCUGAAUCAAGGAAAACCAUAUGGUGAUCCAUCUAUUAAGAGGAAGCAUAGAUCUGAUGAUGAGAAAAAUCCAAGUGGGGGAGGAGCUUCUAAUUUUGUGAGGUGUUAUAAAUGUGGUGAGUUUGGGCAUCGCAUCUCUGAUUACAAGAGUACGACUGCGAACUGCUUCAAGUGUGGGAAGCCAGGGCAUCGAGCUACAGAUUGCAGGAGUAAUGUUGUCACUUGCUACAAUUAUGGAGAACAAGGUCACAUCAGUACCAAUUGUCAGAAGCCUAAAAAGAAUUAG